GGAAGCGGAGUGAGAGUGUUUGGUUGAGUCUGUGUGAUGAGUACUAGCUUUAGUAGUUACCUGACCACCUGCUUCGCAGCCGGAGCUCGAGUGUCAAGUACCGCCUUCCGCUCAUGCUUGUUCUAGUACUAACCUACGGUGGACCAGAAGCAAAAGCAAAUCCACAACCGAAGGGACAAGAUGUUCGCCGUCGGUGGUCACAGCAAGGCUACCGAGAGAACAACGCUGAGGAAGAUGUCCCGGAGAGCGACGCUGAGGACGAUGAAGAUGUCUCGGAGAACGACCUUGAGGAAGCUCGCGCGGCGAACGACUUUGCGGAAGCAUCUGGCCACCGGCCCACAAUUUUCAGCCCACCGGCCUACAAUCCGCCCCCCGCUGGCCCCCAGCCUUUGUUUUCCGGCGUUGCGCAGUACUUCGGAGUUCCGCGAGCUGGCGCCUACUGGUGCCGGUUCCCGAAAACUGCGCAAGCGGUGCCGGAAGGACAUGCCCGGGGCCCAUCGCGAUUUGGCUGCGGUAACUCUUCCGGCGGGCGGGUUCAAGGUGCGCGCGCCCCCAAUGUCCCGGCGCGCGAUAGAUUU